AUGGAUCAAAUUUUGAAGAAUUAUGCAGUCGAUGACUUUACAAAAUACUGGAUGAUACUGAACUCAUGGGAUAUGCUAAUGCUGCUGCAAGAAUAUGAACCAACGAUACCUACAGCCGUCGAGAAGUUGUACGUUUUCUCGAUCGAUGGAUCCGAUCUUGGAUGGAGCAGGUAUGCGAAAAAAACUGUCAUCAAAGUAAAUUCCGAAUACUAG